UUUUUUUAUUGUUGUAAAAGUUCAUUAUUCCUCAGUAGCGUAAGAUACUGCACUGCGCUGUUUUUCCCAAAGCAAGAGUGAAGCGCGGGGAUUUCACGUCUUUCCAUCUCACUACUACCACCAUAAUUCUUUGUCAAUAGAUUGUUAGAUUCGGGAUGGGAGGAUCGGAUUUUGAAGAUGAUGAGUUAUUUAAAGACUUAUACGGUGAAGAGAAUGAUGUUGAGAAAUCGAAAGAGACUGGUGAAUCAAAAAAUGAGUCAAAUGAAGGAGACAAUCAAUCUUUAGAAGCCAGUGGAGAAGAAAAUAAUGAAAAAAACGAACAAACUGGUGAAGGAAACGAGCCAGAGAUUUCCAACCCAGCCGAACAAGAAAGAGAAGGAGCGAAUAUCGACGAAACUUCGCAUCAAGGUGGUUACGAAGAGGAUGGAUCUGAGCAUAAGGGUCUUACUGGAAAUGAGGAUGAACAAGCUCAAAUUUCAGCUAGCUGGGAAGCAGCUGAAAGCACUGCAAACUCCACUCCUUCGUAUGCAAAUGUACCCAAUCCGGGUGGCAUGCCUUAUUCCGAGACAAGACAGCCAGAAGAGAAUAAAGAAGACCAAAGUCCUUUUAACAAGGAAGACGGAAAAAUGUUUAUUGGCGGCUUGAACUGGGAAACGACUGAUGAGUCGCUCCGUGAUUACUUUGAGCAAUUUGGCGAAGUUUUAGACUGUACAGUUAUGAGAGACAGCACGAGCGGACGAUCACGUGGGUUUGGUUUUUUGACGUUUAAGGAUCCCAGAUGUGUGAACGACGUGAUGUCAAAAGAGCACCAUUUGGAUGGAAAAAUAAUUGACCCGAAGCGAGCGAUUCCUCGAGAAGAACAAGAAAAGACAGCAAAGAUGUUUGUAGGAGGAGUUCCAGGGGACUGUACAGAAGAAGAAUUCCGCGAUUUCUUUAAUAAUUUCGGCCGAGUAUUAGAUGCGACGCUAAUGAUGGACAAAGAUACGGGACGGCCUCGUGGAUUUGGAUUUGUAACCUUUGAGAAUGAGUCGGCAGUGGAGGCUACGAUGUCUCAACCGUACAUUACGAUUCAUGGAAAGCCGGUGGAGGUGAAGCGGGCUACGCCCAAGUCGAGUUUACGGGAUAACCAUGAGCGACAUCAGCAGAAUUUUCAUGGAGGAAUGAAUCCUUAUUAUUCACAAAACAUGAAUAUGUAUGGAGGCAUGACACCCGCCAUGAUGGCACAAUAUUAUCGUCAAAUGCAGCAGUAUAUGGAAGCGAUGCGGAAUAUGCCGGCAGCGGCAGCCGGAUCGAUGCCGUAUACGCAGCCGGUGAUGCCAGCUGGGAUGGCUGAAUGGCAGCAGCAGCAACAGCAGCAACAAGGAGGAGGAGCAGGAGCAGGGUAUUUUGAUCCGUCGAAGGGACCUGGGGAAGCAGGUGCCGGAAGUGGUGGACGAGGAGGAGGAUAUCAUAAUCGAAAUCCUGGAGGACCGAAUCGACAACGGUAUCGUGGAGGUCGCCGCGGAGGAUCAGCCGGAGGUGGUGGACAUAGUUUCCAUCCGUAUCGUCGAUAAAAAAGUCCACGCAUGAAAAGUGGAUGUUUGACAGGAAGCAUCCUGUUCAGGACAACUACUACGUUUUUGUUCUUUGAAAGAAAAAUCUAUGACCAUAAUUUUUUCUUGUAAUAUUCCCUUUUUAUAAAGUAUCUUAUUAUUAUUUUAGAGAACUGUUUGUUUUAUAUCUUAGAGAAAAGAACUAAAGUGGCGGUUUGUCGAGUCUGCCAUGUCUUGUCCAUUAGUUUGCUAUGGGGAAGGAAGGAAGGAAGUAAGUAAAGUAAGUAAAUGGGUAAGAGCAGUAGAGUAAGAAUGAAUCAUCAGAGAGGGAGAAGAAAGCAUAGGCACUGUCAGAAAUAAAAUCGCCGAAUAUUAUUGACUAAAGGCAAAAAGUUCUUUCAACGCUAUACUACUGCAAGACAUUCAUCAACUACUGAAACAAACAAGACUACAAAAGACUAGGUAGGAACCCAAGUACCCUAUGUAAAACUACUGCAUGCUACCGUAUACU